CCUCUUUUUUCCUUUCUUUUCCUCUGUCCCACUAAUUUUUUUCUCCUUCUGUUGGCACGUUUGCCUUUUUUUUUUUUUUCUUUUUUCAGCAAUUUAGUGAUUCAUGUCUGAUUGCUUAGUCAUUAGAAUUUUAAACCCCCCCCCCCCCUUUUUUUUUUUUCUUUUUUCCUUUUCCUUUUCCUUUUUGGGCUUGACCCACUAAAUUGCUUCUUUUUCUAUUUUCUCUUUAAUUCUAAUUACGAAUUUUUUUUCUUUUAAAUUCCUUUGAGCUAAAAUUAUCAACUAAACCCUUAUUUAAAAAUCGGGUUAUUACAAAAGGAAUCAUUAUCUUUUAUUCAAAUUGUAAAAAGGUAAGAGAUCUGAAAAGACCCAAUUGCCCAUGCUAUUCUACUCAUUAUUCACAUAUAAAUAAUUUGAAAAAACUAUUUAUCUCACAUAGCAAUAGUGUCUAAUAAAAUACGAUAGAGAGAGAGAGAGAGUUCAUAUGUUAAAAACAAUUAAUUAGUCAUCCUAUGUUCGAACCCAAAAAAAUUGUUCUCCAUUUUAACGAGUUUUUGACUUUUUUUUUUUUUUUAAAGGUACAGGUAAAUAUUGUUGGAAAAUACCGUAUUUCCACAAAAGCAUUAAAAUCGCCACGCACCUGCUUUACUCUUUAGAAAGAGAAAAAUAAAAUAAAAUAAAAAAUAGUUUCAGUUGCAUGGUUGCAUAUUUUACCUUCUGUUCAUAUUCCAAUUUGCCUUCUCGAAUCGUUUCUCAAAAUUUUCUCCUCUCAAUAUACCUUUAAUGUGUUUUCAUUUUCUGUUUUAUAUUGUUUUCUAUGAUUACUUGGAUUUGAUUUCUAGAACUGUUCAUUCAUAAUGUAUUUUGUCCUUUAAAAGUUCUAUUUGUUUCUUGAAACAAAUAAACAUUAAAAACCGAACGCGUUUGGGCAAACAGAUGAUGAAUGUUUACAUGUUUUUUGUUUGGUUCCACCUUUCCAUUGAUGUUUGAUGUAAUUCUGAUGAAUAUUUGAAGUUAAUAAUAAUAUUGGAAUAACAGGGUGGUUGUGCUAUGAAGAAAUGGUAUUCGGAGGAGUUAGAUAAUUAUUAUCCUAUUAGACCUGAAUGCCAAGCUGAUGUCCCUAAGAGCCGCUUCAAAGCCAGGGUUGGCAGAACUCUCAGUGAAAGAAGAUGGAAUGCUGCAUUCUCUAAACAAGGUUAUUUGGGUAUAGCAGGCGUUCUUAGACGAAUCCAACGAGGGGGGGUUCAUCCAACAGUUAAAGGAGCAGUCUGGGAGUUCUUGUUGGGUUGUUAUGACCCCGAAAGCACAUUUGAGGAAAGAAACGAGCUUAGACAACAGAGGAGGGAGCAAUAUGCUGCAUGGAAAUCUGAAUGUCAAAAGAUAGUGCCUGUCAUUGGCAGUGGAAAAUUCAUUACCACUGCUAUUGUUACUGAUAAUGGCGAGCCAAUAGAGGAGGCAACUACCGGUAAUUCACAAGAAACUAGUGAUGCCACGCCAGUUAAUGAUGUCACUGAUACUAGACAAUCUGUAGAGGUAGCAACUACAAGUAAUUCACAAGAUACUAAUGAUGUCGUGCCAACUAAUGGUGGUGUUUCUGAUAAGAAAAUGAUUCAGUGGAAGCUUAGCUUACAUCAAAUCGGUUUGGAUGUUGUCCGAACGGAUCGUACUCUUGUAUUUUACGAGAAUGAAGCUAAUCAGGCAAAACUCUGGAAUGUGCUUGCUAUCUACGCCUGGAAGGAUGAAGACAUUGGUUAUGUUCAAGGAAUGAGCGAUAUUUGCUCCCCAAUGGUUAUUCUACUUGAGAAUGAAGCAGACGCAUUCUGGUGCUUCGAACGUGCAAUGCGUAGAUUGCGAGAAAAUUUCAGAUCCGACGCAAGUUAUAUGGGAGUGCAAUCUCAACUGAGUACCCUAGCACAGAUUGUUAAAACUGUGGAUCCAAAGCUUCAUCAACACCUUGAGGAGCUGGAUGGCGGAGAAUAUUUGUUUGCGUUUCGCAUGCUCAUGGUACUUUUCCGCAGAGAGUUCUCAUUUGUUGAUUCACUCUAUCUUUGGGAGGUGAUGUGGGCCAUGGAAUACAAUCCACACAUUUGUUCAACAUAUGACGAUAAACGAGAACCAAUUCUUUGUGAAUUGUUAUAUGAUGAUAAACCAAGUAGGAAGGAGCUAAAGCAGUAUGGAAAAUUUGAACGGAAAAAUGUGAAAACUGGUGCAGCGGAACAGAGUAGUGCUCUUGCUGUUUUCCUAGUUGCAAGUGUUCUUGAGACAAAAAAUAAGCGACUUAUGAACGAGGCAAAGGGCCUAGAUGAUGUUGUCGAGAUCUUGGGUGAAAUAACUGGGAAUUUGGAUGCCAAAAAAGCACUAAAUGAUGCAUUGAAGGUUCAUAAGAAAUACAUGGAUAAGGCCAAGAAAUCAUAACAGCGGCUACUACUCAUUACUGGAGCCAGCAGAAAUUUGUUUUUAUUGUUGUUUUUGUAUAAUUAUCCGGUCGAGACAAGAGUCUUGAGAUUAGGCACUAGGUGAAUUACCGAGGAGAGGAUUGGCUUCAACCAUAACCAAUACGGAGGGACUGACACGGUAAAGGAGGCUAAGUAAAGCUAUCAAAAGGAUAUGUCCAGGCUCGGAAUAUCCUUCUUUUCUGCCCAGACUCGGAAUAUCGAGAUCAUGAGGGCAGUGGCAUAGCCACAUAGAGUGAAGGGCGGUUAAUUAUUGAAGAAUUAUAUUUGAGUAUAUAGAAAUUAUAUUGUCGUUGGGUAUGUUGUUGUUAUUGUUUGUAGAAAUUAUAUUGUAUAUAUGUCAACUUUUAUUUUUUAUACAUAUGUAUGAAACUUUGAACACCCUUAAACGAAAUUCCUGGUUGCGCCACUGUAUGAGACCUAGCUAGAUCACUUGAUGAGCUCCUUGCCUUCCACAGUUGUGGUGGAGAGUUCAAGCCCCAUCAGCAGCGUAGCGUUCUCUUAUUGUCACCUUUUUUGGUUGUAUUAUACGCCUGCUCACUCUUCUUUGUAUCAAUUCAUGUA